AAUGCAUGUUGAUACGCGUCGGGGAGCGAUUGAAAAGGAGGGGCGGUCAUGGGACUGUGAAGCAAGCACGAGUCAUGCAAGUCCACGACACCGCCGGGUCACCGUAUCACUGUCCGAACCAGCCAGGCUAGAGAGAGAGAGAGAGAGAAAAAGAAAGUGAGUGAGAGACGACUUCGCGAUGUCUUCAAGUGUCGUGCAUGCAUUUUAUGCAUCUGUUUGCUUUGCAUGCAUACACACACACGCUUAAUCUCUGCUCUCUCUCUCUCUCUCUCUCUCUCUAUCUGUCUCUGUUGGGCUCCGCCCCCGAAAUUAGACUACGCUGCCGUUACGCCUCUCUCCGUCGCCGGAACCACCCUCUCCCCGAGCCCCCGCCGCUUCUCCAGGCGAGAUUUCCUCCAAGAUUCAAUCUUUGUUCGACGAACAGCAGAGGGGAGGGAGCUAUGGCGGAGCAGGGAUGGGGUGAGGUUUAUGGUGUUGACUGACGACGGGAGACCCAUCCGAGAUUUAUUUCGUCUAGCAGGUUGGGACAGGGAAUUGAUUUAGUUGAAUGGGGUCGAUGAUUUGCAUGAACGCCCUAUGCCGGGCGACGACCUCGCCGGAGUGGAAGAGAGGCUGGGCUCUGCGAUCUGGUGGAUUCGCCAAUCUCUGUUGCGACUGCGGAUCUGCAUAUGAGAAUUUAGUUUUCUGUGAUAUGUUCCAUCUGGAGGAAUCUGGUUGGAGGGAAUGCAAGUUAUGCAGCAAGCGUCUCCAUUGUGGAUGUGUGGCUUCAAAGUCACUUGUGGAGCUCCUGGACUCUGGGGGUGUUGGGUGUAUUAAAUGUGCAAAUAACUAUACCAGGGAUGCGGGACUUCUCUCGGUAAGACCAUUUCAGAGUGAUGAAUUUCCCAGUGAGCUUGGUAGAUCAAUAGAUGGUAUCAAUGAUCUACGAUCUACUUUCGUUGAAAAUAGAAGUGAUGAUAAUGGUGUUGACAAAGGGAAGCUCAUUCGUUUUGGGAAGUUUAUGGAGACCAGUGAGCCCAAUCACGUAGCUCCACAGCAGAGAGUUGAUCCAAAUGCAUCUCUCCAGCUAAUUAAGCGAGAAGAAAUCACACAUUCUACCCGGGAAGUUUGCACAGGCUUUCCAGAUCUGACGCAAUUAUCUGUUGGAUCAUCUAAAUUUGCAAUAUCAGACAACAAGAUGCAUGCAUUGCCAGUGGCUCAACCAUCCUUGAAUAUGUCUCUGAGUGCUCCUUUGGGGUCUCCAAAAUUUGUAACACCUGUUCCUGCUGGUGUUACUGAAGGAAGAGAACAAAGCAAAGCACCUUCUUCCUUUCAACAAGGACAAAAGCCACGCCCUAUCUUGCCCAAGCCCUCAAAAGCUGGUCAAACAAUAGGUUCAGAUUCAAAUAAAGUGUUGGUUCCUCAAAUGCGUGUUGCAAGGCCACCUGCUGAGGGGCGGGGCCGGAAUCAGUUGCUUCCCCGUUACUGGCCAAGGAUCACGGACCAAGAAUUGCAGCAAUUAUCUGGAGACUUGAAUUCCACUAUCGUGCCAUUAUUCGAGAAGGUCCUGAGUGCCAGUGAUGCUGGUCGAAUUGGCCGGCUGGUCCUCCCAAAAGCAUGUGCUGAAGCAUAUUUCCCUCCUAUUUCUCAAUCAGAAGGGCUUCCGUUAAGGAUUCAGGAUGUAAAGGGGAAAGAAUGGACAUUUCAGUUCAGAUUUUGGCCCAAUAAUAACAGCCGGAUGUAUGUUUUAGAGGGUGUAACCCCUUGCAUACAGUCCAUGCAAUUACAAGCUGGUGAUACUGUAACAUUUAGCCGGAUAGAUCCAGGAGGCAAACUUGUUAUGGGGUUUCGGAAAGCAUCAAUCUCCGUUGAUACACAGGAUGCCCAAACAUCUGCACUUCCUAAUGCUGUUUCUUCUGGAGAAUCAGUUCUCCCUGGUGAUGGAGAAAACCUGACUACUGGAAAUGGUUUGUCUGGCCUUUUCCAAUCACUGAAGGGAAGCAAGGAUCCUCACUUAAAUGCUCUGUCUGAACGAUUAACUUCAACUGAUGGAAAUAUUAAUUGGCUUAAGAAUGAGAAGCACGGAGGCAAAGCAAGCAAGGAAUCCUCGCAGCAACUUAUGCUUGUUCCUGAGAAGAAGAGGUCUCGAAACAUUGGUUCCAAAAAUAAGAGAUUGCUGAUGCAUAGUGAAGAUGCACUGGCACUGAGAGUUACAUGGGAAGAAGCACAGGACUUGCUUCGUCCACCCCCAUGUGUCAAGCCAAGCGUUGUCUUGAUUGAGGACCAAGAAUUUGAAGAAUAUGACGAACCCCCAGUUUUUGGAAAGAGGACCAUUUUUACAACUGGCUUAUCUGGGGAACAGGAACAAUGGGCUCAAUGUGAUAUCUGCUCCAAAUGGCGAAGGUUGCCUGUAGAUGCUCUGCUCCCUACAAAGUGGACAUGCUCAGAAAAUGUUUGGGAUUCAAACAGGUGUUCGUGUUCUACACCUCAAGAUACCAGACCAAAGGAGCUGGAAAAUCUUUUUGGAGUGGGGGAAGAUCUUAAGAAGCGAAGAACCAUGGAAAACCACAAGCCAGCAUUAGCCCAAGAAUGCGAGCCUUCUGGCUUAGAUGCACUGGCCACUGCUGCAGUUCUUGGAGACUCUGCAGAGAACUUGGGUGACCCAUCAGUUGGAGCGACCACCAAACAUCCCAGGCACCGCUCUGGCUGCACCUGCAUCGUCUGCAUCCAACCCCCAAGUGGGAAGGGGAAACACAAGUCCACAUGCACGUGUAACGUGUGCAUGACUGUGAAACGCAGAUUCAAAACCUUGAUGAUGCGGAAAAAAAUUCGACAAUCGGAACGGGAAGCUGAGAUGGCCCAGAUCAAGAAGCCCCAGACAAAAGAUGAAUUAGAAACAAAUGGCAUAUUAACAAAUGGAACAUCGAGACAUGCAGCAUCGGAUAUGAAUCAAAAUCACUCCGAGAAUGGAAUGAGUCAAGGAAAAAUCCAAACUCUGGAGGCAGCUGAGGCCAGCAGUGCUGGACAAAUAGAUUUGAACAGUCAUCCUUACCGGGAGGAUGAUAUGCAGAUAGAGGCAGCAGCAGGAGUGCUGAGCAUGACCAGCCUUGUUCAAGCAGCAAGCCUUCCAUUGGAGAUGUAUUUGAAGCAGCAUGGGCUGACAAGCUUGAUGAGGGAGAAGCAGGCAACCUUGGGGUGCUCUAAUUUGCUCACACAAGGCGGAGGAGAGAGUGAGGGGCACAUGGGUGAUGAAGGAUCCCUUGGGUCGUUGGUUUGGGAGGGUGAAGGGAGAGGGGAGAGCAGAGUUGAUGAAGAGAGCUGUGAACCUGAUUUGGACUGAAAGAAUCAUAAUAGCAACCUCAUUUCACCUCCCUCUUCCAAAACAUAAUUUUUUUGUUCUUUUGUUUCGUUGGUACCAUAUGUAAAUCUUAAAAGUUCCCGAAUGCACUCUUGUUUAUUCAUUAAUUUAAUUUUUUUAAACCUC